AUGACCAAAGGCGAUUAUAUCAACAACCAGAAAUCGCUUCGCUUGGGCCCACAAAUCAAACAUAUCAAACCUCCCUCCAAGCCCGAGCAGCCAGCCGACAGGUUCAGACUGUUCUCCGACGCCCCGCCGAGUCUUCUCCAUCGAUGCAAAGGGGCCUGUUCCCUGCUUUCUGACAACCGGCCAAGUCUUAUAGCCUCCCUCCAAGCCCGAGCAGCCCGCCGACAGCCACAAGCACCCCGCCGACUGGUCGACGAGCCUCCCUCCAAGCCCGAGCAGCCCGCCGACACGUUCAGACUGUUCAGACUGUUCUACGACGCCCCACCGAGUCUUGUAGACUGCCUCCAAGCCACAAGCACCCGGCCGACUGGUCCACGAG